GACCAAAAAGUACAGCUGGCAAACCCAGUCAGCCGGCUGGGUAGGGAGGCAGGCAGCCGAGGAGAGUGAAGGGGACAUUUCGAAGCGGCUACUGUGCAGCAUCAAAGGGGAAGUUCAGUGAUUGCCCGGGAAUUCUGGUUUGCAGAAUCCAUCCAAACUCAUUGCAAAAAUCUUUCCGCAACAUUCAAAACGUGUUUCUUUUUGUAAGUAUUAUUCAAGUUUUAUUACCGCCGAUGAAUCGUGGCCACAGUCGAAGAUUAACCCUUCAACAACUGAAUCAUUCUUUUUGAGAUAAAAAGGAUAUACAACGUGGCAAGAAUUUGACAAAACUUUUGGUUUUCAAACACAUCGAGGUGUCCGAUUGUUGUCUGAAGUGUCUGGGCUAAUCUGUCUAUGUCGCUGGUCGGGGGGUAUUGGUGCCGGCUUCCCUCCAUGCUGCUCUGAACUUCGGCUUGCUCCAGCUGGGGUUGUUCCGAUACUCACUGACUUGUUGCCAGACUGGUGGGACUGUCUGCACUCUUUUUGUCAAUCUCCUUCAACUGUUUGCAGGCUUGCGAGUCGUAUCCGCACCCAGCAAGCAUGGUGGGUGCUUUUGGAGUCCUAACACUCCUUCUCGCUCUGAGCAACGCUGGUUCCGUGCUCGUCCAUCUUAGCCCUGAAGAUUCUCAGCUCCAGGUCUCAUCGGCCCAGGGGAAUGAGAAAACCGAAGGCGCUGGGCUGGGUCCUGAAGGAACAAUGAAUCGUGCAGAACCCAUGGGACCCUUGAGAACAAUGGUAGCUCAGCAUUCUUCAAAAGAAACACCUCUUGUGAGAUUCAGGAAAUCUACUGGAAAGACAAAUGAUCCAGAAGGAACUCUUCCACAAAUAAGGAAGAGACGUGAAGAAUCAGAUCAUUUGCCUAUAGUGACAGCUGAGAAAAUGAUAAAACCAACAAGAAAACCAAAGAAGGCCAAGAAAGAGAAAAAGCCCAAGAUAAAAGCUCCAAAUUCCAAGAAAGAGAAAAAAACCAAAGAGAAACCUCCAAAACCCAAGAAAGAGAGAAAACCCAAAGAUAAAACUUCAAAACCAAAGAAAGAGAAAAAUCCCAAAGAAAAGCUGCCAAAAUCUGGGAAAGGAAAGAAACCUAAGAAGGCUGUUGAAAAACUUGAGCCCACUAAGGACCCUUUGCAAGAGGAAGAAAAGCCUCAGCUCCCUUUACAAGAAGAGGAAGACAAGCCUCAGCCGGUGGAAGAACACAAGGAAAUUACAACUGAGCCUGUCACAGAAGUGAUGGAAGAAAUUGUCACAGGCCUGGAAAUAUUUGAAUAUGACUUGUGGCCGACUGAACCUCCUACCAAGCCAUUCAUACCGCCUCCCUUUGUUGACUAUGAAGGUGAAGAAAAGGAAAUCGUUGAAGAGGAGAAAAUUGCUGAACCUACAGAAGCUGCAGAAGUCCCAACGGAGUCAUAUGCAGAGAAUUACGAUUAUGGAAUAGAUGAACAUGUGGAUGAAUAUGGGUGGAGCAGACCAGAUGAGGAACAUUACGACACAACACUUGACGAGGACCUAGAGUUUGAGUUGGAGAUUGAUGAACUUGAUCCAGAUGAAUAUGGAGAGUUGCAGCCUAAAGAGCCCAAACUUGAUGAAAUAUACGACUAUGAAGAUAUAAGGGAGGAAUAUACUUGGAAUGAAGAAGACUUGAUCCCCAAGAAACCCGAGAGGAAGAUUCCAGAGGAGACAGAUCCAGAUGAAUAUUUGCCACCACUGGGAAAAAAAUGCCCUCCUCUGGGUCUUGAGUCUCAUCAAGUAGCUGAUGAACAAUUGACAGCAUCUUCUUUCCUGAGACAUGGACUAGGUCCUCAACGUAUUCGAUUGAACAUCCAGGCAGGUGAGGAGGAUGAAGAUGAAGAGGAUUAUUUUGAUGGGGCAUGGUGUCCUCAAACAGAGGACCAGUCACAGUGGAUUGAAGUGGACGCCAGAAAAUUGAUUGAAUUCAGUGGAGUGAUCACCCAAGGCCGGGAUUCACUGUUGCACAAUGACUGGGUGAGUUCAUUCUACGUGCAGUUCAGCAAUGAUAGCCGUACAUGGAUGACAUACACAGAUGGAUAUUAUGAUUGGCUAUUUUAUGGGAAUGUGGAUACUGACACUCCAGUUCUGAAUGAAUUCCCAGAAACCGUUGUUGCUCGCUACAUCCGAAUUAAUCCACAAACCUGGAAUGGAAGUCUGUGCAUGAGAAUGGAGGUGCUUGGGUGUCCAGUGUCAGAUUCCAAUGAACAUGAGCCCAAUGAACUGAGUCCAGAAGAAGGUCUUGAUUUCAGGCAUCAUAACUACAAGGACAUGCGACAGCUGAUGAAGGUUGUGAAUGAACAGUGCCCAAAUAUUACCAGGAUUUAUAACAUUGGGAGAAGUUCCCAAGGACUGAAGAUUUAUGCCAUGGAAUUAUCCAACAAUCCAGGAGAGCAUGAACCUGGGGAGCCUGAAUUUCAUUACACGGCUGGGAUGCAUGGGAAUGAAGCAUUAGGUCGGGAGUUACUACUGCUCCUAAUGCAAUUCCUGUGUAAGGAAUACACCUACGGAAACCCCCGGAUCACACGUAUAAUCGAUAGCACAAGGAUACACCUUGUACCCUCUCUCAAUCCAGAUGGUUACGAACUGGCUAAUGAAAUAGGAUCAGAACUAAGCAGCUGGGCUCUCGGGUACUGGACAGAAGAAGGAUAUGACCUCAGUGACAAUUUUCCAGAUCUGACCUCAAUAGUCUGGGGUGCAAAAGACCAAACAAGAGGUGCUCGAAAAGCCAUCACUCACCACCUUCCUAUACCAGAGGAAUACCUAUCAGAAGAAGGCGCGGUUGCAAUAGAAACACGUGCUGUUAUAACGUGGUUAGAAAAGAUCCCUUUUGUUCUUGGCGCCAAUUUCCUUGGAGGGGAACAAGUGGUGACUUUUCCAUACAACAUGGGCAGACCUCAAGAGGAGGAGGAGGAGGAAGAGGAGAUGAGGCGAAGGCCACAAAACAUAGAGGAUUAUGAGGAGGAUGAAGGCGAAAAGAUACGUUACAUGGAAACACCAGAUGAUGCAAUAUUCCAAUGGCUGGCUAUUUCUUAUGCUUCCGCACAUCUUACUAUGACAGAAACAUUUCGAGGCAAAUGUCACACUGAUGAUUUUACAAACGGUUUUGGAAUCAUUAAUGGGGGCGCAUGGCGUCCAUCUGUUGGCACUAUAAAUGAUUUCACCUAUCUGCACACAAACUGCUUCCAGCUCUCCAUUUAUGUCGGGUGUGACAAAUUUCCUCAUGAGAGUGAAUUGGCAAAGGAAUGGGAGAACAAUCAGGAGGCAUUGCUCUUUUUCAUGGAACAGAUCCAUCGUGGCAUCAAAGGAUUUGUUCGCGACUUGGAAGGAAAUGCAAUUGCAAAUGCCACAGUGUCAGUUGAAGGAAUAAAUCACGUUGUACUAACAGCAACUGAUGGGGACUAUUGGCGAAUACUGAACCCUGGUGACUAUCGUGUCACUGUGAAAGCAGAGGGCUAUGCGCCUACUACACGUGUGUGUCACGUUGGAUAUGAGAAUGAGGCCACACAGUGCAACUUUAAUUUGCGCAAAUCCAACUGGCAUAGAAUUCAGCAAAUCAUGGAAGAAUUUGGACGCAAGCCCAUUAACGUGCUCUUGACUCGUGGAAGGAGAGUAAAGAAGAUCCGGAAGAUUCGGGUACGGGCUGGACAUCGGAAACAGCACCAAAAUCAGACUCAGACUUCAGAAUAGAACAUCCCCUUCCUUUGCACAGCAUAUGGAUAAAUAUCUACGCGUUGUAAAACAGAGGCUCCACUGAUCAUAAAAACAUGCUUAUAGAAAUCAGUCCAUCUAACAGUGAGACCAAGAUUUUAAUUACAGUCCAAUUUUUCAGUUUCAUUAGAGUUUGUGUAGUACCUAGAACCUAGAUUCAGAGUGAGAGUGAGAACAGAUUUCAUCUGAAGAAGAUACGACUUUAAUUAGUGUGAAUUCAAUCUAACCUGCACACAUUAGCAGUUCAGAAGCAACUGCUCAUGAUGCAGAUACCAUGUUUUCUGGUUUACUUGGAGACAGGUAUUUAAAAAGUACGUCCAACGCCAUCGUUAAACACUACUGCAAUAGGGAAAAGUGCUACUUCAAUUGAUAAGCCCCAUUUUCUGUGCAAACCAAUGGCUGUCAACAUUCUUAUCAAAGCACUUCCAUGGAAAUAACUGCUGAGUACAACAAAACUACCACUUCCAUUGGCUUCCCUUCCUCCUAAAUAUGUAUUUCAGGUAUGGGUCACCAGAAAGAUUAUUCAGUGAGAACAUGCAGAGAUAGUUUCGGUAAACAAAAGGCUGACCUGGUACAGAAUUUAAAAUCAAUUGCUUGAUUCAAGAACAAUUCUGUUAAAGACACAAAUCUUAAAAACCCAUACCCAAUCUUUCCAAACUGCAUGACUCCACCAAGUUUUAAAGCACUUGCUUCACAGAGGUAGCCAAAACUUAAAACUCAUCAAUCUAAGGCACAAUGAGAGUGAAUGCUUGAGAUUCAAGCGAGAGUUAGACAGUACAAUCGAAGAGAGUUCAAUUAUCAACGGAGUCUAUAAAGCCAAAUCGUCAAUUCAAGUCAGAAUUAGGUAACAAAGUUUGCCUUCAUUUAUAUACCUGUGGCAAAUAUACUCAUUUCAAGAGCGACCUCCAGGCCAAUGCUGAGCAGACGUGCACCGAGCUGUACUCGGCAUACUGGGAUGCCAUAAACAAAAUGCUUGUCAUGUGGACAUCAAAUUAUAACUGUACCUUCUAACAUAUGGAUCAGAUAAACAAAACUGAACACUAGCUGUCUCACAGUAGCAAAAGCACUUGGAGGCAUUUCAGUUCUCUCUGGUAAAGAGUUUACAAAGGUCCUAAGCUAACCACCCUGUUACCCUCACUCAGAUGUCAAAUUCUACAUUUAUAAUCCAUCAAUGAUGUUUGCCAAGAUAAUUGAUAAUCUUUCUUUCAAUAAACAGAAAGAAUGUCGAUCUAAUAAAGUUUUAGAAUCUACCACUACAAGAAACACACAAAGUGCCUUCAAGAAAUGACUGCAGCUAUGUUGGUGGAUAGGUUAAGCAAAGCUCCAAAAGUAAACUUCUUGGAAUCUGCCAUUUGGUGACUUGCAAAUUUCAACAAUGCGCCCCCCAUUUACAGACUGUUAUGUCUGGUCAUUAAAAAGCAAAUGUUUA